GCGCAGUGAUUGAGGCUGGAUUUCGCUUCGAGUCCAUUCUAUUGUGUUUUAGAUUACAUAUCGCCAUUCGUUGCAUGUACGUGUCAAGAAGCUAAUAGUAGACUAUUCAUGCAUCUGGUUUCGCAGGAAUGGGAGAGGGUUUAUAGAUAACGCGUCAUGUGGAAUGUUUAUCGAAGCAAUCUCCUUGGAGCUCCCAUAUCGUUAACGCCCACACUCUGUAAAGAGUCAAAAGACAAAAUAAUUUUUCGAGUUUCUAGCCUCAACGAUCGUCGGUAUAUAAGAAAUGUCAUGUGGCGGCGGAUCAUGUGGCAGAGAUUUAACCAAAAAUUUGACAGCUGAGCAAUAUCAUGUUACACAAGAAGCGGGUACCGAAGAGCCGUUCACAGGAAAGUAUAAUGAUCACCAUGAAACUGGGACUUACAUCUGCAUCGUUUGCAGUAGCCCAUUGUUCAGUUCUGAAACCAAGUAUGAUUCUGGUUCUGGAUGGCCUUCAUUUUACAAAACGCUUCCCCAUGAAAAUGAUAAGGAAACUGUUGAAAGGAGACCAGAUGAUUCCAUUCAAGGGAGACCUAGAGUUGAAGUAGUGUGCGUAAAGUGCCAAGCACAUUUAGGCCAUGUUUUCCAAGAUGGGCCACAACCGACAGGUGAACGAUUUUGCAUCAACAGUGUGGCCAUUGACUUUGUGCCAAAAGUAGAAGAAACUGAAGAAAAAAAGUAAAUCUUAAAUUUAAACAUGUUUGUAAUGGCUCGUAAAUCGUUAUAAAAUACAUUUUGUAGUUUUAGGA